CACAUGUUUUUCAAGACCAGAGGAUCUGGAUCCAUGUUUAGUUCACUGACUUAAUAACCUCAUUAUUAGUUGUAGUUCAUCCUCGUUCCUGCAUUUACGUUUGUUCUGCUUUGACCUCAAAUGGAUGCAAUACCAGAAGAGCAGGUUGUUCUUGGAGAAGAGAUAGAUCAUGUAAGGGUUGUCACUUUGAACAGGCCAAGGCAAUUGAAUGCUGUCUCACCUGAACUGCUUUAUCUUCUAGCAGCAUAUAUGGAAAAGUGGGAGAAAGAUGACAAAGCAGAGCUAAUUAUCAUAAAGGGAGCUGGUAGGGCUUUUUGUCCUGGAGGGGAUUUGAGAGUAUUCUAUGAUCGCUUGAAAACAAAGGAUUCCUCCUGCCUUGAAGAAUUCUUCUACAGAUUUUACUGGCUUUGUUAUCACAUUAGUACCUAUAAGAAAACUCAGGUUGCUCUUGUUCAUGGAAUUUCAAUGGGUGGAGGUGCAGCUUUGAUGGUACCAUUGAAGUUCUCAGUUGUUACAGAAAAAGCUGUUUUUGCCACUCCUGAAGCAAGUAUUGGAUUUCAUGCUGAUUGUGGCUUCUCUUACUACCAUUCUCGUUUACCAGGGCAUUUGGGUGAAUACUUAACACUUACUGGAGGAAGGUUGAGUGGGAAGGAAAUAGUUGCAGCUAGAUUGGCAACCCAUUUUGUCUCUUCUGAGAAAAUUCUUGAGCUAGAGAAGCGCCUGAUUAGCUUAAAUUCUGGUGAUGAGAAUGCUGUAAAAUCAGUAAUUGAAGAAUUUUCUUCAGAAGUUAAACUUGAUGAAGAGAGUAUUUUAAACAAGCAGUCAAUAAUUGAUGAGUGUUUCUCAAAGGAUUCUGUUGAAGAAAUUAUAAAAGCAUUGGAAGCUGAAGCAAACAAGGAAGGAAAUGGAUGGAUAGGUGCAGCUUUAAAAACCAUGAAAAGAUCAUCACCUACUGCAUUGAAAAUAAUGUUAAGAUCGGUUCGUGAGGGAAGGAAUCAAACACUAUCUGAAUGCGUGAAAAAGGAAUUCAGAUUAACAAUUAAUAUACUACGAACUACAUUAUCUGAAGAUAUGUAUGAGGGUAUUAGAGCUCUCACCAUUGACAAGGAUAAUGCUCCAAAGUGGGAACCUCCAUCGCUUGACAAAGUAGAUAAUGGAAAGUUGGACUUGAUCUUUCAACCAUUUGAUAAGAAUUUGGAGCUUCAGAUUCCAGAAAAGGAGGAAUGCAGGUGGGAUGGUAAAUCUGAGAAUUCAGUUUAUGCGAUUCCAAACAAAACAAUACCAAUCUCUGGUUAGAUGGUGCUUCUCUAAAAAUUCCUCCAUAAAUUUGUCCUGGAUUUCUCUACUUCCUUGUGUGCUUUUAUCCAGGCUACUGUUUCAUGUUCCUGAAUAAUUUCUAUAAACAAUAAAAAGGUUCAUUAAGUACUGUAUAGGGCUAGCCCUCCAUGUUUGUUAUCACUGUUCUGAGGAAAAAUAUUAUGUAAUUUCAACUGUUACGUGGGUGGAAGUGUUAUGCUGUAGAAAUAUAAUGCUCCUCCAAGUGUUCGAAGCGACAUCAGUUACUAUUACUUUGGAACAGCUGCAAUAUCAAUUUCCUUGUACUAUAAUGGGCAUCUUAUAUUGUAAGUUGUACGGAGUCAUUUGUGCAAUGUAUCAUUUCCUCAAUAUUUAUUAUUAUU